AUGUCAUGCUCUCAUUGUGGCGAAAACCGAAUUGAAUACGACUCCGCUGCUGGGCACGCGUUCUGUGCAAAGUGUGGUUAUGUUGUGGAAGAAAGCAAAAUCGUUGCAGAGGUUACUUUUGGUGAAAGCGCGUCGGGUGCAGCCAUUUUACAAGGGUCAUAUAUUGGAGCUGAUCAAAGGAGAGUUAGAACAGCAGGGCCAUACCGAAGAAACUCAAGCUUAGAUUCGAGAGAACAGACCAUUGCUAAUGGGAGACGGCAAAUACAAGCUCUAGCUACUGCCCUACGACUUUCUGAUCACCUGAUGGAAGCAGCACAGAGAUACUUUAACCUCGCAAUAACAAAUAAUUUUAUCCAAGGUCGAAAGACACAGCAUGUCAUCGCAGCUUGUCUCUAUAUUGUGUGUCGCACGGAGAAAACAUGUCAUAUGUUAAUUGACUUUUCCGACAUUUUACAAGUAAAUGUUUUUACUCUCGGAUCAACAUUCUUAAAAUUGGUAAAUACACUUCAUCUUGUGCUUCCAUUGAUAGACCCAUCCAUUUAUAUUUCGCGAUUCGCCUCAAUGUUGGAAUUUGGAGAAGAAACUAGUCGUGUGGUUACAGAUGCAUCUAGACUAUGUGCGCGGAUGGGACGAGAUUGGAUGCAAACUGGUAGGCGACCUGCGGGGAUUUGUGGGGCAUGUUUGUUAAUUGCGGCAAGAAUGAAUAACUUUAGGAGGAGUGUGAAAGAAGUGAUUGCCGUAGUAAAAACUGCGGACGUCACAAUUAAAAGAAGGCAUGAAGCUUGUUAUAUUUUAGUGAUUGAAGAGUUCAAAGAAACACCCACAGCAAAACUUUCAGUGCAAGAUUUUAGAGUUGUAUGGCUUGAGCAGCAAAGCGAUCCGCCUGCAUUUACAAAAGCUCGGAAAGCAGAAAAAAAUAUGAUUGGAAAACGAAAUCAAAUUACAUCUAUUUCUGAUUCAUUAUCAAGAGAGAAGGGUGAUGACGACAGUGAAACUCUGAUUGAUUCUUCUCAUGGAGAAAUAGUUGCUAAAAAAAGAAAGGGAAAGAACGAUGACAUUGAUGGAGAAGAGUCAAAUACCGAGAAAGAGAAUGAUGUGGAGAUAAUCGAAAACUUAAGCGAAAAUCAAAGUGAACGUAAUCCAGUUGAAGAGCAGAUAGAAAAAGAAUUAGAGGAAGAAAUGAAUUCCUAUCUCAAUGAUCCAAAUCUAAAAAAGAUUAGUUCUGAAAUGGCAGAAGAAUCCAAUAAGAGGAGCUCAAAUAAAGAUCAAUCAGAAAAUGAUAAGCUGGAUAAUGAAGAAAUAGGUUCUGAUUUUGACGAUGAUGAAAUAAGCAAUGUUAUUUUGUCUGAGGAGGAAGUAAAAAUAAAAACUCAGGUGUGGAUGGAUAUGAAUCGCGAGUAUCUAAAAGAAGUUGAAGAGAAAAGGAAAAAACAAGAAAUGGAUCGAGCAAACGGAAUAGGUGUUCGUAGACAUAAGCGUCCUCGAAAAGGAAAAUCUGAUGAACAUGCAGUGGCAAGCACUCCAGCAGAAGCUGCGAGAAGAUUAUUUGAAGAAAGAAAUCUUUCAAAGAAGAUCAACUUCAAAGUUUUGGAUUCCUUGUUUGACAAUAUACCUGAUAGCAUACCUAAUACCCCAACUUCUUGGAGAGAUUAUGACCCUACCAGUGUUAGUGGUUCAGGUAUCGCGCGUAGUAGUACUCCUGCUAGUUCGAGGUGGGAUGAUGAGGAAAAAACUUAUGAAUGGGAUAAUCUACCGAUUUUAAAACUGAAAAGCGCAGAUGCAGUACACGGUACAUCAGAUUAUGACGAAUAUGAGGAUUACAACGCACAAGAGUCGUACGAAUAUGAAAACAAUAAUUAUUAUGCGGGGGAGGAUUAUUAUGAUUUCAAUGAGUAUGAAUAG